AUGACGGGAUCGACCAGCGUAACGACCCAGGCUUCGAAUGACUCCAAUGGUAGAUUGAUUGCCGACGAUAGUGGCAGGAAACUCAACUUCAACGACAAAGAUCAACUGCAGAGUGUGAUAGACAGCAGCGGUCAGAAGAGGGCUAUUGAGUACCAUGCAGACGACUUCCUCGCAGCCACGCGGGAUGAGCAGUCUUCUGCUAAGCUGUUCCACAGCCAGGGCAUCACCAACGCCGUCGACACCACAGAUUCGCAAGAGCAGAGCACUAAGCUCUCCAUCCUCUCCGACGACCGACGCUUACUCGCGAGCUUUACUGAUGAUGGAAAACCGUCGACGCAUUACCUGGACCAGAAGGGUUCAACGGUCCUGUUAUUCGACAAUGAGGAUUACAGAGCCCUUGCCUUCAGUGCCUACGGAUCUGAUCUGGCAGGCGUACGCGACGACGGGAUCGAGUCGAGAUUUGGAUUUUCGCAAGAAUUCAAGCAUCCCGAGAGCGACCUCGUCUACCUGCGCGCCCGGCACUACAGUACAGACAACAUGUCGUUUGUCUCCAUGGAUUUCAAAAUCACGGAGAAUCGGAAGGCUGGAUCGUGGAUGGUUGUCAUGGCCUUUGGCGGAGGGGCGGCGGCUUUGGCCACACUAAUCCCUCCUCUUGGCCCCGUGGCGACCGUUGCUGUGGCUGCGGCGAUUGGGGCUGUCGGGAACCUGCUCGGCGGUGCAGUGCAGCGCUGUAUAGCUGGUGAAUGCGAUAGAUAUAGCUUUGGCCAGUUCGCAGUAGAUAUGAUCUCUGGCGCGCUAAGAGGCGCUGCUAGUAUGGGCGUGAGCAUAGUCAUCGCGAAUACAGGUUGGUCAACAACUGCCCGCUACUUCUUCGCCGGCGGCGCAAACGGAUUCACGUUGACAGCGGUGGCCCAGAUCGGGGCAUACUUUGUCGAUCACCAAUAUCACGGGGACUAUGGGGAGCUCAUACUGCAUACCGUGACUGGAAUACUCGCGGGUGCUACCGGAUCUCUUCCGCUCGGGACUGCAGCUGGCAGAUUCAGGAUCCGGGUAACACGGGUGUAUGCACGGUUUCGAGUGUGGCUCAGAUCUGAUGUCUCUGGUAAACUGUGUCCCCGAACGAGAGCUACGAGUUUUGACGAAGGGCCUGGCGGGGGCCCUGGGAACGAACCUAAAGGUCCGCCUCCAGAUCCUCCUGGCCCCGGAUCGGCCAUGCAAGUUUAUUAG